CCGUUGGAUGUGCAGCGUGUUGUACACAUAGUGAUAAUUCAGUUAUACAAUUUUCAAAAAUGUUUAAUCGAGUCUCUUCAAAGUUUAUUACUAUUGCAACUAAAUUUUAUUCCCCCGUUUUUAUUCGACCAACUCAUAAAUUUACGGUCUUGCAACCUAAGUAUCCUGUACAAACGCAUAUAUUAAUAAGACGUACUUGUAGUACAAUGAACCGAUCUGAAAUGGUAAGUGAAGAGUAUAGAAAAUUGUAUGAAGAAGAAUUAAACUCUCUCCUAAAAGAUUCGAAAUACAAAGCUAUGUAUGAUAAAUACAGUUUGGAAAUAGAGUACUUAAAAUAUAUGACAAAUAAAGUACCUGACAACUUAACCGCAUAUAAUUGGUUAUAUUUAUUAAACACAACAACAAAAAAUGAAAGAAGGUCAUAUAUGGAGUUUCUUUGGAAAGUGCAGAUGAAAAGACAAAGCCAAAAGCAGAAAAAGUUAUUAAAGUUGGAAAAAAAAGCACAGAGUAAUAUUGAAGAUAGUGUAUAUGGAUUAAAUAAAUUUACAAUGUUUCACAGGAUACGUCCAAAUACAAUAAAUAGGUUUUAUAAUGGCAAAUUAAUAACUGCUAUGUUAUAUGAACCAGCACUAGUAAUUGACGUUUCAUAUGAUGAAUAUAUGACACCACACGAGAAAUCAGCUUGUGCGAAACAACUAUCAUAUCUAUUUGCAACAAAUCGAUUUCACAUUAGUCCCUUUAAUGUAUAUUUUUGUAACAUUAACAAGGAUAGUGUUCUUAUGAAUAUGGUACAUAAAAUAAUACCAUCUUUGUACGAUCCAGAUUUCCCACUGAAUAUAACAUCAAAAAGCUAUUUAGAAUUGUUUGAUAAAAAUAAAUUAGUAUAUCUUACCCCUCAUACUAACACAAUUUUAGAAGAAUUUGAUGGUAAUUCAAUAUAUAUAAUUGGUGCAAUGGUAGAUAAGAAAACCACUAUACCAUUGUCAUAUCAAAAAGCUAAGGAACAAGGUAUUAAAAUGAUGAGGCUGCCUUUAAGUGAAAAACUGGAUUGGGGCACAGGAUCUUCAAAAAGUCUUCCUCUCAACCAUGUUAUGUCUAUCAUGUUAGAUUUGAAACAUUUUAAGAAUUGGGAUGUGGCACUUGAAAAUAUACCUAAACGAAAAUUACAACCAAGAAGGCUACUUUCUCAGCGAAACAAAUUGUUUAAACAAACAAGAAUGUUGAAAUGCUUUCAUAGAAAUAGAACUUCAAACUUAACAGAUGAAAAGUAAUAUUUCUUAUAAGUUAGGAACCAAAUAAAGUUUUAAAUAUACAUCAUUAUAUAAUUAUAUAUAUAAUUAUCAACUUUAACCUAUAUUUUAGUUUUUAAUAUAAUUUCUUUAGUCAAUCUUUAAAUUGCAUGUAUUAGUUUUAUAUCAGAAGCAAAUAAUAUUUUAUGAUUGAAAUCUAUGCUUCUAUUUUACAAAAAUAGGACUUUUAAAUGUAAUACGAAUAAUAUAUAUGGAAAGGUAUAUAUAAUUAAUGAUAUAUUA